AUGGCAAGUAAUAAUAGGAACACACAAGCACGUAAGGUAAUGGUGGUGGCUGACCCAACAAGGGAAUCAGCUGGAGCAUUGCAAUAUGCACUUUCCCAUGUUGUGCUUGAGCAAGAUGAAUUGAUUCUCCUCCAUGUUGAGAACACAAGUUCAUGGCGUAACACUAUUUCAACAUUCCUUAAGAUGCCUUCACUUGGAAGCUCAACAACUUCAUCCUUAGACCUUGGAGGAGGAGGAGGAGGAGGAGGAGGAGGAGCAGCAGCAGAUGGUGAAGGGGUUGAUUUUCUUGAAGAAAUGAAGCAUGCAUGCAGAGUUUCUCAACCUAAAUUGAGAUUCCGUGUGUCAAGUGUGGAAAUGGAUGGAAAAGACAGGGCAAAUACUAUCCUUUCCCAAUGCAAAACACAAGGGGUUGAUGUCAUAGUUAUAGGGCAGAAGCGCAGUCUUUCUUCAGCAUUACUAGGAUAUAAGCGACCUUCAGGAGGAGGACCUACGAAAGGGUCAAAAACGAUAGACACAGCAGAGUAUUUGAUCCAAAACUGCACGUGCACCUGUGUUGCUGUACAGAGAAAAGGCCAAAAUGGAGGCUAUGUUCUGAAUACAAAAACUCACAGAAAUUUCUGGCUCUUAGCUUAA